AUAUAAUUAGGAAGAAUUUAGCAAGAAUUAGUAAGAAUGCUAAAAUAACUUCUUCAGUUCUUGGUCAUAAUUAGUAAAUAUUUAGCAAGAAAAUGAUAAUGUUGAGCAGCACCAUGCUUAAUCUCUGCCCUUUAGCUUUCUCUUCUAGGAAUUAUAGAGUAAAAAUGUCAUCUUUUGUGGUUCAAGCUUCUGCAGCUUCACUUCCACCUCUCCCUGAAAGAAGAACUGUGUUAGGUGUUGGGGGUGUGGGAGUGGAUAUUUUGGCUACUGUCGAUACUUAUCCGAAUCCGGAUGAUAAGAUUAGGAGCACCAGCUUGAAGGUUCAAGGAGGUGGGAACGCAGGAAAUGCAUUAACCUGUGCAGCUCGUCUGGGCUUAAAUGCACGGUUGAUCUCCAAGAUAGCUGACGAUGCUCAAGGAAGAGGUAUACUGGAGGAACUACAAGCUGAUAGCGUUGAUACCUCUUUUCUUGUGGUCUCUAAGGAAGGCAACUCACCUUUUACCUAUAUCAUUGUUGACAAUGAAACGAAGACUCGGACAUGUAUUCACACUCCAGGGUCCCCUCCCAUGAUCCCUGAUGACCUUUCCAAGUCAAAUUUGUUAGCUGCAUUGGAUGGUGUCAGAAUACUUUAUUCUGAUGUAAGAUUGCAUGAAACUGCAUUAGUUAUUGCCCAACAGGCAAAUCGCAUUGGUAUACCUAUGCUCAUUGAUGCAGAAAAGAAAAGGGAAGGCUUAGAUGAUCUUUUGAAUUUAACAGAUUAUGUUGUAUGCUCAGCGAAAUUUCCACAGGCUUGGACUGAGGCUCCAUCUAUUCCAAAUGCGCUUGUUUGUAUGCUUCUGAAGUUGCCGAAACUUAAAUUUGUGAUAGUGACCUUGGGUGACGAUGGUUGCCUGAUGCUUGAGAGAUGUAUAGGGGAGGGUGUUCAAUCUCAACAAAUGGAAGCGGACAGUCAAUAUGAAUUAUUGAAGCAGAAAAGAGACACGAACAAAUCCAUCCCAACCUGUAUUUCAUCUAAUCAGCUAAAGUUGAGUGCGGAAGGGCUUGGAGUGGUGAAUGGAAGGUUUUAUUUAGGGACAGCAGAAAAGAUACCACCUUCAGAACUUGUUGAUACAACUGGUGCUGGAGAUGCAUUUAUCGGAGCAGUCCUAUAUGCUAUCUGUGCCAACAUGCCACCUGAAAAAAUGUUGCCGUUUGCUGCUCAAGUGGCAGCUGCCAGCUGUAGAGCUUUGGGAGCAAGAACUGGUCUUCCUCAUCGUGCAGAUCCACAACUGGUACCGUUUUUAAAUUAGAAGUUCCCAACAAA